CACUGUUUGAUUUUUGUACAAUAGCAGCAGCUACCGGCAAUUUCUGUGACGAAAAUAAACUAGGAGAAGGUGGUUUUGGUUGUGUUCACAAGGCUAGUAGAAGGCCAAGAAGUAGCAGUCAAGAGGCUGUCGAAGAAGUCUGGUCAGGGAACAGAAGAAUUCAAGAAUGAGGUCAGCUUAAUUGCAAGGCUUCAACACAGAAAUCUUGUUCGACUGCUUGGUUGCAGCAUUGAGAUGGAUGAGAAGAUUCUUAUUUAUGAGUUCAUGGAAAACAGAAGCCUGGAUUCUGUUCUAUUCAAUAAGGCAAAAAGCUCUCUACUAAAUUGGCAGAGGCGCUUCAACAUCAUCUGUGGGACUGCUAGAGGACUUCUGUAUUUACAUCAGGAUUCCAGAUUUAGAAUUAUCCACAGGGAUCUCAAAGCAAGCAACAUUCUGCUUGACAGGGAAUGGACUCCAAAAAUAUCAGACUUUGGCAUGGCUAGAAUAUUUGGUGGAGACCAAACACAAGCAAACACCAGGAGGAUAGUGGGAACAUAUGGCUAUAUGUCUCCGGAAUAUGCAAUGGAUGGGCUAUUCUCAGUGAAAUCAGACGUUUUCAGCUUCGGAGUUCUAGUUUUGGAGAUUGUAUGUGGGGAAAAGAACAGGGGGUUUUAUCACUCAAACAGUGAACUUAACCUUCUUGGGAAUGUGUGGAGGCAGUGGAAAGAUGGGAAUGGAUUGGAAGUGUUAGAUAAAUCAGCUGGCAGUUCAUAUAGCCCUAGUGAAGUUUUGAGAUGUAUACAAGUAGGCCUUUUAUGUGUCCAAGAGCGAGCAGACGAUAGACCAACAAUGGCUUCUGUGGUGUUGAUGUUGAGCAGUGAAACUGCAUCAAUGCCCCAGCCCAAAACUCCUGGAUAUUGCCUUGGAAAGAAUCCAUUUGAAACUGAUUCCUCUUCAAGCAAACAAGAUGAAUCAUUCACUGUAAACCAAGUUACAGUUACAGUGCUAGAUGCUAGGUAAAAGAAACUGUAUAACUCUUCUAGCAUAUUUGUAUAUUCAUAGAUUUUGUUAUACCUCACCAGCUGUUGUGAUUUACAGUUUUUGUGUAUUGGUGCAUCUCCUUUUGAUAACAAGUGUGGGAUAUCCAUGUUUAAUUUAUAGUUUAUACAAGCUAUAAGCAACCUUGGAUAGGUUGUUUUGUCA